GCCUUGUGUCGGCUGGUGUAGCCCAGGCCUUUUGUCUUUGUUCCUUGCGCAAACACAUACCCCGCCGCCAGCGUCUUCGUCGUUUGUCCAUUCACUGCCGAGAUGGUCUUGCUUUCCGCUGCCAUUUGCACCAAGGCGGGCAAGCCUUUGGUGGCGCGUCAGUUUAUGGAGAUCAGUCGCUCACGCAUCGAGGGCUUGCUGGCAGCCUUUCCCAAGCUGCGCAGUAGCGAGGAUCAGCACACUUUUAUUGAGACGGACUCUGUUCGCUACGUGUAUCAGCCAAUGGAGCAGCUGUACAUGGUCUUGGUCACGACCAAGAACAGCAACAUUCUGGAGGAUUUAGAAACCUUGCGCCUCUUUGCUCGCGUGGUUCCUACAUUUUGCAACGUCAUGACUGAAUCAGAGGUCUCGGCCCAUGCGUUUGAGCUCAUCUUCGCCUUUGAUGAGAUCAUCGCCCUUGGCUAUCGGGAAAAUGUCAAUCUCAGCCAGAUCCGCACGUACACGGAGAUGCAAUCCCACGAUGAGAACAUUUACAAGAUGGUGCAAAAGAACAAAGAGCAGGAGGCCCGCGAGCACAUGAAGCGCAAAGCCAAGGAGCUGGCCAUCGCCAAGAGCCAGGCAGCCAAAUUCGGCGGUGCAGGCGGCAUGGGCGGCAUGGGUGGUAUGAGUGGCAUGGGUGGCAUGGGUGGUAUGGGCGGCAUGGGUGGCAUGGGCGGCAGUGGUAGCGGUGGCAUUUCCUCUGCCUCAGCACCAGCGCCCGCUAUGGCUGCUCCUGCCAGCACCUCAGCGGCCCGUGAUGGUAAACCCAAACGUGGCAUGAAGUUGGGUGGCAAGGCCAAGACCCACGAUUUUGUCCAGGCCCUCAUGGAUGAGGGCGAGACGGUCGAAGACCUCUCCAGCGCUGCCCCUGUGGCCCGUUCUGCCGCUACAGCAUCCGCCAUGGCCCCACCCGACGUGGACAUGGAGCCCAUCCACGUCAAGGUGGAAGAAAAGAUCACUCUGGAAGCCAACCGCGAUGGCGCGUUAGAGCACAUGGAAGUCAAGGGCACGAUGUCUGUCUUAAUAAGUGAUGAUGCCAAGGGCCAGGCUCUUGUCCGCCUCAACCGAAGCUCAGACAAAGCCAUCAACUUUCAGACUCAUCCCAACGUGGACAAAAAGGCCUUCAAUUCGGAAGCUGUGAUCAAGUCGAAGAACCCUGACAAGCCCUUUCCUGUGCAUUCUGAGGUGGGCGUGCUCAAAUGGCGCUAUCAGACAACGGACGAGACCCAAAUUCCUUUGACGAUCAAUUGCUGGCCUAAUGUCAACGCGGAUGGCUCAGUUGAUGUCAACAUUGACUAUGAACUUCAAGACAAGAACCUGAAGCUGAAGGACGUAGUCGUCUCCGUGCCCCUGCCUGCUGCAGGAGGCAAGCCUGUGGUCGCCAGUGUGGACGGCCAAUAUGAGGUUGACGGACGUCAACACAUGCUGGUGUGGUCCAUUCCCACGAUUGAGGAUGGCAAUGCCGAUGAAGGCAGCAUUGAAUUCAGCGUUGCGGCUGGUGCUGCUGAUGACUUCUUCCCCGUCUCAGUGGACUUUUACUCUCACGAAACCUAUGUUGGCAUUGAGGUUGCCAGUGUGGAGAACAUGGCCACUGGUUCGGAAGAGGUGUUUUCGCAAGAUGUGCGUUUCGUUGUGGACUCGUACGAUGUCAUUUAAGAUUACAGACCCAACCUCGGUUGCGUAUGCGGCAAUCGCCCUUCUUCCAGGUUGUCCAUGCCAUGAUUACUUGAUUGCUCGGCCCUGAUUUGCCUCGUUCCCCAUGCGUGUAUCAGGCUCCCCCCUGGCAUGAACUCAAAAUUACAGCAAUGUCUUUUUUUUUUGGCUUUGUUGAAAUUUUCUUUCUUUUUUUUUCUGGGGGGUUCGCAAAGACAAAACCGAUGUGAAAGCGUUGCAGGGGAUCGAAAACCACACCAAAAAAAUAAGGCAACGCCCAUCGAUACAAAUGAGUCGUCGUAGUCAAACAAAAAACAAGCACCACCAUGGUUGAACAUCAAUUUUUCAUUACAUUUGAACCAAAACUCAAGCAACUUGGAAAACAGAAAGAUGCGAAAGAAGCGCGAGGGGAGCUAGACCAAAAGGAGCUGGUGGCGAGGAGACCAGAGACGGCCCUAGAAACGGCGAGAGGCCUUCGAAUCGGCGCGCAUGCGGGCCUUCUCCUCUUUGCGAGCCUGGAAGUGAGCAUCGUCCUCAUCGGGCUCCUGCAACAUGUCCGUUUCCAAAGCUUGCUGAGCCAAAUACUCCUCACGCCGAAUGGCCAGACGCACCGAAGCAGGCACGUCCGGAAUGGCACGCUCGAUAAGAAUUUUGACAAAGAAAAGAACAUGCUCGAAAACGACCACAAAGGCCAAUCGUGCCGCCACCACCUGGUAAUAGAAACGACCACGAGUGCCAUCUGCAUCCCGAAAGCCAAAGUAGUGGCAGUUGUAGUCCGUAUGGUUGACAUCAGUGACUGGAGACAGGGGAUACACGGUUUGAAUGUAGCCAUCCAGCGAGCCAUCGCCAAUGUCAUAAAUGUAUACUUGGCGCGGUACGAAGUUUGAGGUGAAGGCCAAGACAAGGGCGUUGGUGAUCACGGCAAAGUAGCUGAUGAUAUUGAUUACGAUCAUCCAAACGCCAAUGUCCGCCGCACGAACGGCGGGGGGGCGUCGAUACGAGGUCAGCAGCUUGUUGGCAUCAAUGCGAAUUUCAAAGAUGUUGUUCAAAAAGGCAAACAACGGUGCCAGUGAGAAGGCUGGCACGAACAUGGUGAUGUAGCCGUACUGCAGCAUAAGCUCGAGAUACUCGUUGAACAUGCCGUCGGAGGGGAAGGGGUCGCAGUUCAAAAAGUCGCGUUCCCAGGGCGUGAGCUGAUCCUUGGUCUUGAGGCCCUUAGCCGAGCGUCGGCGGAGCCACCGGAAAAUGGCAGGCAAAAUCAUUUCCUGGAAAUUGUUGAUGGUCUGGCGACCGACAAAGACGAUGGCCAGUUGCAGCGUAAGUUCGCCCAUGCAGCCUAGAUCUGGCGGGCACUCGUCUUGGCGAAAGCCCAAGAAGGUUGAAUAAUCGCCAGGCACGCCUGUGAAGCGACCUUUGAAAAAGGCAAUGUAAAAAAGGCUCG